AGAUAAAAGCGAGGAAACGACCAAAAUACAAAGGCAAGAUAGGAGUUUCUCAGAGUUUCACAGAAAACCUUUUUCCCUUCUUUUCUGUUUUCCAGCUCUAUCCAAAGUCUUGCGUUCUCCAGAUUGAAAUUGAAAAACAAUUUUUGCUUGAUAUGCUAUAGCUCUCUUCAGCAUUUUCCAAAAUCCCUGCUUCUUUAUUGGAGGAUGUCUUUUUCGAAUGGUUCUGUGGGAAAGGAAAGAAUUGAGUAACAAGGUUGAGAGUGGGAUCAAUGGGUGGGAAGAGAUCUGCUAUGAAGUCCGAAGAUUUUAAGAUUUAUGCACUGGUUUUGGCGUGGCUCUUGUGGAUCUGUGCGGCUCCUGUUUCGCAUGGAGAGACUAAUCCAAGUGACGUGGCUGCAAUUAAUAACCUAUAUGUUGCACUGGGCUCCCCUGUUCUGCCUGGUUGGGUUACUACUGGUGGAGACCCAUGCGGCGAAGCAUGGCAAGGCGUGGUGUGUAACAAUACAGACAUAAUAAGAAUUGUUCUUAAUGGCGCUAAUUUGGGAGGAGAACUAGGUGAUAACUUAGGACUGUUUGUUUCUAUCAAAGCAAUAGAUCUAAGCAACAACCACAUUGGGGGUAGUAUUCCGUCCAUGUUGCCAGUUACCAUGCAAAACUUUUUCCUUUCGGCUAACCAGUUUACUGGAAGCAUCCCAAGUUCUUUAUCCUCUUUAACUCUGCUGAAAGACAUGUCUCUUAAUGACAAUCAUUUAUCUGGAGAAAUACCAGAUGCCUUUCAAUAUCUGACAGGGUUGAUCAAUCUAGAUUUGUCCAGCAACAAUUUGAGUGGGGAACUCCCUCCUUCUCUAGAAAGCUUGUCUUCUUUGACAACCCUACACUUGCAGAACAAUCUGCUUUCUGGGACCCUUGAUGUCUUACGAGAUCUGCCUCUGAAAGAUUUCAGGAAUAUUGAGAAUAACCAGUUUUUUGGGACAAUACCUGAGAAGUUGCGAAACAUCCCAAAUUUCAGAGAUCAGGGAAAUCCAUUCAAUACUACAACUACUGCAGUACCACCAUCUACAUCCCCAUUAAAACCUCCACCAGCAGGUCUGGCACCACCUUUUUUUAAUGGAACACCUUCUGAACGCACACCUGCGAAACAAGCUGAUGGACCAUCUGCAAAAGACGAAUCAAACUCUGGAAAAACAAAAAAAGUUUUAACCACAAAACAAGUGGUUGGAAUAUCAAUUGCAGGGGUGUUUUUACUUGUAAUUCUGGCAUUGGGACUUGCACUACUUGCUCCACUAUUUAGCAGACGAAGGGAAGAGGUGGAUGGACUUUCUCGGCGGCAUCAAAUAGGUGCAUAUGAAGGCGACAGACAAGAUCUAAGGGACAAUGGAUCCUUAUUUCAACCAAAGAUUGAGAAAGUUCCAAAGGGGGCAGUUCUGAGGCCAAAAGAGGAUUAUCAGACAGAGACUAGAAGAGGAGUGAUUGCAAAACCACAGGAUGAGAAUGAGAGAAACGAGCAGAGAAUGGGCACAAUACCAAAGAGGGACGACCAUGAGAUAGACAUGAGUGUAUUUGACAAACAUUUAAUGCCCCCUCCCCCUCCGCCACCCCCACCACCACCACCUCCUCCUCCACCUGUUGAGAAGGUCAUUGUAGAGCCAAAAUUGCCUGCUGAAGUAACUGCAGUGAAGCCUCCCUCCAGAACUCUAUUACUCCCAACUUAUGCAAAGUCUUUCACGAUUGCAUCCCUCCAGCAAUAUACAAACAGCUUUUCUCAAGAAAAUCUUAUAGGAGGAGGCAUGUUGGGGACUGUAUAUAGAGCACAGCUUCCUGACGGGAAGCUACUUGCGGUCAAGAAAUUGGACAAGAGAGCUUCCAGUCAGCAGAAGGAUGAUGAAUUUCUUGAACUGAUCAACAAUAUUGAUAGAAUCCGACAUGCAAAUGUUGUUGGUCUUAUUGGUUACUGUGUAGAGCAUGGCCAAAGGCUUCUGAUCUAUGAGUAUUGCAGUAAUGGGACACUGCAGGAUGCACUGCACUCAGAUGAUGAACUUAAAAAGAAACUUUCAUGGAAUAGACGCAUUCGGAUGGCACUUGGAGCAGCAAGAGCUUUAGAGUAUUUGCAUGAGGUAUGCCAGCCUCCCGUCAUACACAGAAAUUUUAAGUCGUGCAAUGUCCUCCUUGAUGACGAUUAUUUGGUGUAUAUCUCUGAUUGUGGUCUGGCUUCAUUGAUAGCAUCAGGCUCUGUUAGUCAGCUGUCAGGAAGUCUGCUAACAACUUAUGGUUAUGGAGCUCCAGAAUUUGAGUCAGGAACUUAUACCGAGAAGAGUGAUGUUUACAGUUUUGGAGUGGUUAUGUUAGAACUUUUAACUGGUCGGACGUCCUUUGACAGGUCACGGACUCGUGGGGAACAAUUUCUGGUGAGAUGGGCGAUCCCCCAGCUUCAUGACAUUGAUGCACUAUCGAGAAUGGUUGAUCCUACUCUUAAUGGUCAAUACCCAGCCAAAUCCCUAUCACACUUUGCAGACAUUAUUGCGCGGUGUGUUCAGUCUGAGCCAGAAUUCAGACCACCAAUGUCUGAAGUUGUCCAAGACUUACUAGUCAUGAUCAGAAGGGAGCCAAACGGCAGUUAAGAUCAAAUGGAGACUGACUUACAUUAGGAAAUGAAAUGGUGAUGAAGGUGCAGAAAAUUAAUCUGCCUGGUAAUCCAAGAAGAUAAUCUGUUCUGAACAAGCUGCGGGUGAAUGUCCACACCAAGACACUCGCACGCCCGAAACUCUUACCAAAGAAGAGUCUU